AUGCCAUUUCACACGACACGAGCACUGGAGUCGGACGAUUUAAGUCGACGAACAAUUUACAUAAGGCGACCGCCGACGGAAUGCGAAGCGAACAUACUGUUCCGAUUAGUGCAAAGCGUCGCCACCGAAUGCGAUGAUAGCACGCGCUCCGUCGACAAAUCACAUCCGGAGGAGUCGACUGAAACCGGAGCUUCGCACACUGGAACAAUAGCGAGGGCGCGCCGCGGUGACAAAUACGGUCGUCGCCGCGCUCACUCGGCCGCGGGACGUGGACAUCGGUGUCAGGACGACGGACUCCGAGGCGCAGCUCGAGGGCCAAAUAGCGGUCGCGAAUUCCUACUCGUAAUUCAAACGACGGCGCAACGUAAUGAACUAGAAACGUUCGACGCGCGGCGACUGAGGUGCGCCGGUAAGCGCGGAAUCGAGUCGGACGGAGACGGUGAGCCAGUAACGCGUGCGACUGAACUCCGAGCUAUUUCAAUACACGCAGGGAAUUCGCAACCAUCGGGGUGGUCGAUCCGAAGCACUGCCUCAUUCGAGGUCAACACUUUCGGUCCGGGCGCUUCGAUGACUCCAGAACUAGGUCACAGCUCUCGAGCUUUAUCUUCAUUUUAA